AUGUGGAAGAAAAUUUUGAAAAUCAGAGACAAAGCUGUUAGCUUUUGUGGAGGUCUAAAUAACUUGUUGCUGCUCAUUCAAUCUUGCUCUGAAAAUUCUAGAAUCCAGAUUUCAGCAUUGUACAAUGCUCUCUCCCCUAAUUCUUCAGUUGUGCCAUGGCAUAGAACAGUUUGGGAGACUACAAACUUCCCCAGUCACUCUUUUAUCUGUUGGUUAGCAAUCCAAGAUAGGUUGCUUACUAUCGACAGACUGAUUAAGAGGGGAUUAAUGAACUCUAACAAUUGUUGUCUGUGUACUGGUUCUGAAAACAGAAACCAUCUUUUCUUUGAGUGCUGCUAUUCAAGAGAAGUGUGGCUAAAAAUUAUGGAUUUGCUCAGUUUCAAAUGGCAGUCCUGUGAUUGGAAUCAGAUUGUGAUUUGGUACUGUGAUAGACUGAAGGGUAAUGGUUUCAAGCAAAGGAUUAAAAGGAUGGCUCUAACUACAGCUGUUUAUAGUAUAUGGAGAGAAAGGAAUUUCAGGAUUUUCAGGCAGAAAGCAAGGCCAGCUGAUCAACUUUUUAGAGAUAUCAAAUUCAACAUUUAUUCUUUUGUUCUCAAUGGCUCUUUUAAGGCAGAAGACAGAGAAUGGAUCAUUUCACUUUGA